AUGCGUCUGUUUACGCCUUCCUGGGCGAGAAGGGUAUACAAACACACCUUUAUCUGUCGUCUAGCAUUGAUCGGCUCUGUUUGCCAGCUUCGGCCAGCUUUUUCCCUGUUUUCUGGCGCCCAUGCCCAUCACACUAGCACAGGUCCCAAAGCUGCACUUGACAAUCUUCCCAAAAGAGCUGGAGCCUCCAUGUUCGCCGACGUACAGCAAUUGUUUGAACGCCUACCCACGUCUGUAAAGUGGUCAGAAAGGGAACCGGGCCCGAAGUUCGGCGAUGACCUAGAUCCAUCUGAUCCUUUGAUGCCCUACUUGGAGAUAUUGUUGAUCGUCUCCCCUUACAAUGAAUGGGCCCUUCCGCCCCAUAACAAAAUCACAUCCCCUGCCGACCUAAAGUUGAUGACCAGCCUCGGUUCAGAUGAAGACGCAGGACGCCUCACUAUAGUAGAGAAGCCUGUGCAUGCAAUGAAGAUCAGGUUAUGGGAAGGAAUUGCCCCCAUUUCGGAACACCAAUGGCGACAAAAAAGGCUGGAUAAAGCGGAAAACUUCGACUAUGCGUGCCAAUAUAUCGAAACUGUCAUUUCCACGUUUGAUUAUCUCAAUGUACCUCUACAUGUUUCGCACAUGCGGGAAACCUUCAAUUAUAUGUAUGAGCACCUGUCAGAGUUUGACGAGGCGUUGAAUAACAUCCGUCGACGGGAUGGAAAGGAGCCAAAUGUUGACAUGGCCGGGUUGUGGGCAGAGUUUAUCCGUGCUAAAUACCAAGUCAUGACAGACCGUGCAUACAGCUGGACCAUAUCUCACAUCGAUGCCUUGCGAGAGCCUCUGCUAAAUGAAAUCAGAGCUUGGGGGGCUUUGUUAGACGACAAAAUAAACCCGGAGCAGUUGGCUCUAGUAGAGAAACUGCAUAAACUCUCUGGACUUGUUGCGGAGGCGGAAUAUACCAUCUAUCUGUCAACGGAUGGAUAUAAGGGGGGCUCUGACCUGUCACCAGAAGAAGAACCGAAUGACAGGCAGAGCCCUAUGUUGGAGAAACGGCGUACGGCAUAUGUUCAAUCGUUUGCAUAUUUCCAACACAUUGAAAAAUUAAAGGAGGAGAUAAUAGCAGACCUGCAACGGAGUCCCGAAGAAACACCAGCAACCGAAAACGGCUUACUCAAGACCAUUGAGACUCAAAUCCGGAUACAAAAAAAUAUUCAAGCUGGAAGGGAUCCGGUGCCAGAACCCAGUGCACCAGUAGCAUGGAUCUCUGAUAUCACAAGUCGUAUACGAGAUCUUAAGGAAUCGGGACAACCACCGAUGACAGAUAUCGGGUAUGCCAUUUACAGGCUCAGCUACGGUCGAAACGCAGACGAUAAAAGUGAAUGGGACGAGCUAAAGAAGAUCAUAGAGAAGGACCUAGCCUCUUGGGGUGACGGCAUCAAUGGUGUCGAGGACAUUAAGCCAUUCCUAAAAGUGAAAUGGUUUGAUGGGCGCGAGCUUGGGCUUGCGGAAGAUGAUAUCGAUGGUGCAAAGGGUCACUUCACCACGUACCUGGACACCCUAACCCCAUCAAAUGGUAUCUACCAAGACGCGAUCCUCAUCCUGGACUCCGCCAGCUUGGCAUCGUACUCCAAGCCCACCACCGACGAUAUCGAUGACAGUGAAGACCACCACCUCCUGGUCGUCGACCCCAAGUACGACCCGGAUGAAGGCAUCGAGCGGCCUGAAGAAUCCCCCGGAUAUGCCGGUUCCAUGCGCAUCCUGACACGACUAGUAUGGAGUGAGCUAUUCGCACUGACGUAUAAUAAUGUAAUGUGGUUGGAGGAUAUGUGGCCGUUGGCCAUGGGACAUCCGGAGCAGGUGUAUGUGGGGCAGACGGCCCCUGAAUUGCUGAGCCGAUGGGCGGAAGCCAGGAUAGCUGGCGAUAGCGCGUUGAAGGCGCGUUUUGAAACGGAGUGUAAGCAGAGAGGGGAAGAAGAGGUAGCUGCGUGGAACAAAAAGAGGAGAGAGAAGGAGUUGUGA